UACGAGGCGGCGCGCUGCCGCUAGUGGUUAGGACUGAGGGAAAACUCCGUGGGGGAUAGCAGGGAGUAUUGAAGGAGAAAACUAGAGGCUACGCGGGGUCGCCUCGUGAGCUCCAGGGUGGUGACGGCUUCGGAAAGAAAUUCGAGUACCCCUGUGCGGUGCCACUUAACCUCCUUCCGCGCGGCGGCGGAGUGGUUAAAGUGAUCAAACAAUGGCAAGUAAUCACAAACCUUCAGCAGCUCGCCCUGUUUCACGAGGUGGAAUUGGGUUGAUGGGAAGGCCUCCUUCUGGAAUACGACCCCUAUCAGGAAAUACUCGAGUGGCAACUGGAAUGCCCCCUGGAACAGCAAGACCAGGUUCGCGUGGUGGACCCAUAGGGGCAGGAGUUCUGUCUUCUCAAGUCAAAGUUGCAGAUCGUCCUGUAACACAACAAGGUUUGAGUGGAAUGAAAACAGGAAUGAAAGGUCCCCAGAGGCAAAUUUUAGACAAAUCUUACUAUCUUGGGCUUCUUCGAAGUAAAAUAAAUGAACUUACAACAGAAAUUAAUAAACUUCAGAAAGAAAUAGAAAUGUAUAAUCAAGAGAAUUCAGUAUAUUUGUCAUAUGAAAAGAGAGCUGAGACUUUAGCUGUUGAAAUCAAAGAGUGUCAAGGACAGCUAGCAGACUAUAACAUGCUAAUAGAUAAACUUAAUACCAAUACUGAGAUGGAAGAAGUAAUGAAUGAUUACAACAUGCUUAAAGCUCAAAAUGAUCAAGAAACACAAAGUAUGGAUAUCAUAUUUACUGAAAGACAAGCGAAAGAAAAACAAAUUAGAACUGUAGAAGAAGAAAUUGAACAGGAAAAAGACGCAGCAGAUGGCAUUAUAAAAAAUAUGUCUCCUGAAAAACAAGUCAAGUACAUAGAAAUGAAAACCACAAAUGAGAAAUUGUUACAGGAAUUAGAUACACUUCAGCAACAACUAGAUUCACUGAACAUGAAAAAAGAGAGCCUGGAAGCUUGUGUUCUUGAAGGCGCGACUGCACUGGCAGUAGUUUGUAAGCCUCCUAAUGAACCAGCCGUUACAGACGCUGGAGGAGGAUGGAUGACAGAGAGACCAGGCUUUCACAGGAAGGCGGCCGACGGUCCAGCCAACAGCCGGGAGCACCAUGCGCUGUGCCAGCCAGUGCCCCCUGCUCCGGGCUCUGCACGGCAGUGGAAGUGGCCCGACAGCUCGAGUGGUGGGAGCAGAUCUGGGGUUCGCCUCCUUGAGAUGCAGCUCAAGAGGGUGGAUGGGAAGCAGAAACCUCAGGAUGCUGGUAACGUUGAAUGUACCUCACAGUGUGAAGGGUCCAUAGCCCUUCUUUGCAGCUUCUUGAUGCUGAGAUGUUCUGUGGGCAUGAAGAGAAAAUGUGCAGGGGCUGUGCAGGGACAAUUCCAGGGCACUGGACUGAGGCUGGCAUUCAGAUUGGGCUUUGAGCCCAUGCUGUUUGGGUUGAGUGCUCAUCGGCCACGCAAGAGGAGAGCCGGGCAUCAGGCCAAGGGCGGCCCUGCCACCAAAGGCCCAAGGCGGCUGCAGCACAGAGCACCAAGGCCCGAGACAUCCUCUGAGGGGCUGCCUCUAGUGAAUCGACCUCCCUUCGCCACCACAUUCCAGAGGCCCUCCCCUGGGAGACAGGCUAGUGGAGGUGAAGAGCUGGCCCCCGGGGCUUACUUCUGGGCUCCAGCGAUGGGCUACACCUCUGCCUCAGUUGCCCCAGCCCUCUGA